AAUUACCAAAAAAAAAAAAAAAAUCAAAUGAUUUAAAAAUAACAACCUCAUAAAAUCAGAUGAACGUUGACCUAAAAAUCCAUUCUUUUUAAACCUCUAUAAACUACGUAAAGAAUAAAGCCCAUGAUAAUAUUGGUGACUAAAUCUGCGCUGGGAAUGGAGGUGGAGUGCUUCCUGUGCAAGGUGUCUUGAUAUUGGGCAGAAGCUUUCAAGUUGAUGUUGUGAAGAACCUAACAGAAACGAAUCGGGUGUCCUCUCAAACCAUAAAAGAAGCAACUACAGCAGAGGUGCAACUUGAAUAGAGAUGGGAGAAAACAGUAUGAAUAUACAAUAGUAUAAAAUUUUAUUUUUUUCACAGGAAAAUAAAAGCAAAAAAUAAUGUUUAACGUUUGCUAAUUUUUUUUAAUUUUUUAAUUUGUAUAUCGAAAUUUUAUUGUUUAAAAAUAACUUUGUUUGUUUUUUACUGCAUUUAUUUUAUAAAUCAAAUUUUAGUCGCAAAUCGAACGACAGAGCAAAUGUUAAAUAAUUAUUUUGUUGCAGAAAAUGUUGAAGUUUGUCCGUUUGUCCGGUCCAAUAUUCCGAAAAUUAUACAAGUAAAACAUUUAUAUAAAUUAUCUUCUAAGUUUUUUAAGUUAUUACAUUAAUGUGUUACAGUUUAAUAAAAUAUAUAACUUUUUUUCAGCACUAAUCCAUUGAGUCUUUUUCAGCAAAUAUUGUAAUUAGUAUUUAAACUUAAUUAGUUUUAAGAUAAGUUUGUCUAUAAGUAGCUUUAAGUCUAAACUAAAAUGGUCCACUUAACCAUUAUAAGAUAAAACUAAGAAAUCUUUUUGUUCUUCUCUUUUUUUAUUAUAUGUAAAAAUAUUCAGAUACGCAAAGACUUUAUUGACAUGCUGCGAGAACGCUCUGACAUUGAUCGGCAUACACGUUGGCAUGAUAUUAAAAAGAAGUUUGAUUCAGAUUCAAGGUACAGAGUUCUAGACAGUUCUUAUCGUGAGGAAUACUUUUUGGAUUACCUACGUGUGGUUAAAGAUGAAAAACGCAAACAACGAGAACAAAAAGAUCGAGAGAGGGAACGUGAACGUGAAAGAGAACGCGAACGAGAACGUGAUCGUGAACGCCGCAAUAAACAUGACCGAAAAUCUGAUCGUAAAGAUCGCAGCAGAAGUAGGGAAAGAGAUCGAAGUGAUAAGGAGUCUAAGGAAACCAAGGAUAAACAAAUUGAAAAGAAUGGUGUUAAAAAAAAAUUAACAGAAUCGGAUGAGGAAGGGGAACAUCAUGAAAGUGAGCACAAUUCAGCGAGCGAAGAUGAUGAGCAGGAGCGAUUGCAAAAGGAGCGUGAUCGUAAAAUGCGUGCUGAACAAAGCAUACGAGAACGUGAGAAAGAAGUUCAAAGGACACUUGCUGGUCAUUUAAGGGAUCGUGAUAAGGAGAGGGAACAUCAUAAGAGAGAUGAGGCAAUUGGACAAUUUAACGCUUUAUUAACCGAUUUGGUUCGAAAUCCAGAUUUAACGUGGAAGGAGGUUAAACGUCAAUUGCGUAAAGAUCAUCGUUGGGAAUUAAUUGAGUCACUUGAUCGAGACGAUCGCGAAAGAAUUUUUAACGAACAUAUUGAUACACUGAUGAAAAAGAAACGAGAAAAAUUCAGAGAAAUGCUUGAUGAAAUAUCAACGCUUGAGCUGACAAGUUCAUGGAAGGAUAUAAAAAAAUUAGUCAAGGAAGAUCCACGUUAUCUCAAGUAUAAUAACUCGGAUAAAUGUGAACGCGAAUUCAGGGAUUAUAUCAAAGAUAAAUAUUUAAACGCUAAAGUCGCAUUACGCGAACUUCUACAAGAGUGCAAACUUAUUACACAUAAAAGUUUUGAUAUAGUAAAAGAAAAUGGAAAUCAUCUGAAGGAAAUUCAGGAUAUACUAAAAAAUGACAAAAGAUACUUGGUACUAGAUCACAUGUCAGAGGAACGUACAUCUAUUGUCAUAAACUACUUAGAAGAACUACAUAAACGUGGACCACCACCACCACCAACAGCAUCUGAAUCUAGUAGGAGGAACAAAUAAGUUGUUUUUUUUGAUGCCCUAUCAAAUAUUAGAUGUAUUCUUUUAAAUGCUUUUAAAAAUUGAAUUCAAAUACGGAUACAAAAAUGUUCAAGAUUAAGUCAAAGAUAUUUCAACAUCAACAAUUUUAUAACAAUUAAUAAAUUAGUAAAUAAGAGUCAUAUCGUCGUGUUUAUAAACGAUGUCUGAAUAUAUUUGUUAAUACGAUGAAAUCGCAGUUGUAGUAUAACGGGAUGACAGGAGCACAGAAUAAUAUGUAAAAGAAGAGUACAAGGUAAGAGACAGUUCGCGACAGUUAGCGAAGGAUUGUGGAUAAAUCUGUAUAUAUUUAUAUUGAGGAAACGUCUCACAAAAAGUUGGGACGACUAAGUAUGAAUAUAAUUAUGAGUGAUUGGUUUUUGAUACUUAGUAAACCUAAGGAAUAUUACUUGAAGUUACCAAAAUUUAAUAGAAGUCAAAAAUAUUCGCAGCGAAAAAAUCAAUGAUAUUCUAAAAUCAAUAGUGAUAGUUGGUUUUACUUCCGCUUUAGCAAAAUAUUUUUGCUAUAACAAUCAAUCGUAAAUCAAUCGUUCGUAGAUAUUGUCGUAUAUCAUCAUACUGUUAUGAUAGAAAAAAAAAUACUUAGACAGAUGUAUUGCGGUAUACUCGGUAUUUUAAAUCUUGGUAGUGUAGUUUCACAAUGUAGUUUCACAAUGUUAUAAGCUUUUUCAUUUUACUACUGGCAGAUUCGUAUAAUUACUGGAACAUACAAUUAUCACACAAAUUUUCUCCCCCUUCCCCUUUGAGGGAUUUCGAGUGAGACUUGGACCUCUACAUGACGAGUGGCUAUCCUUCGAACCAACCAAGUAACCAAUUAUGUCGUUUUCGAUACCAACUUUGAAAUCAACGUAUCAUGAUAUUGUUACAGUAUAAGUUUAAGUUCUGGUUUAUGUCACAAAUAACUUACGUACUGUCUGUCAUUUUAUGCUACACCACAUCUAUCUAUAAAAAUCUUUAUAAUUAUAAAAAAUAGAUGUGGUUUGCAGUUUCACAAAUUUCUUAGAUUUUCUAUUUUGAUACUGAUAGGACUGUAUAAUUCCUGAGAAACAUACAAUAAAGAAUUUUACCAUACAGCUUAUUAUUUUGUAACCAAUUGUUGUAUUCGAUACUGUUGUGAAAUAAUUUUAAAAGCAGCAAAUCAUAAUAUCGCUACAGUAUCAGUUUGAGUACUCCGUUAUAUCGCAAUCAUCUAAAGAAUCGCCUGUUAUUAAAUACUGUACCACAUCUAUCAAAGCAAGUCUUUGUUAGUAUGGGGAACAACAACGAAGAAUGUAUAGAUUUACAAUUUUUCACGAAAGUAACUGAAAUCUUUUAUAUCUUAUAUAUUAAUAUAAAUCGUAUACUACAUGCGCACUUUACAAUUGGCGAUAAUAGCACAAUUAAAUAAAGUAACGACUCAAUUAGCAAAAACAACAAAAAUGAA